AUGAAUCGCCAGGUGUUCGUUCUCAGCAUACGCGCACGACCGGACGUCGACACGUGCUCCGCCAGAAGGGUGCUGCUCAUCACAGGGCGCCGCGCCUCCCCCACACGUGGCUGGCAGACGGUGGGUCGCCGUGACCCGGGCGUGGAGGCGGAGGUGCAGCAGUGGAUCGAGACCGUCACGGGAGAGAAGUGGCCCGCUGGACAGGACUACAGCGUCACCCUCAGAGAUGGGCAGGUGCUGUGCAAAUUGAUGAACAAACUGGCACCCGGCUCCAUCAAGAAAAUCAACACGACCGGAACCUCUUUUAAGUUCAUGGAAAACAUCAAUAACUUCCAGAAGGCGAUGCUGGCGUACGGCUGUUCUGAUCUGGACAUCUUCCAAACCACGGACCUCUUUGACAAGAAGGAUAUUCCAGCCGUCACCAACUCCAUAUUCGCCCUCGGUCGACAGACAUACCAUCACCCCGAGUGGCGCGGCCCGUGGCUGGGACCCAAGCCGACAGAAUAGGUCCGAGUAUCCGGCGGAGUCGUGUUCAGGGCAGCGGUGAUCGAAGGGACGGGCAGAACACGAGCAGCUUUGGCGGCCAGA